CAAAUGGAACGACUCUUGUAGAUAGAUGAGGGAGAUAGUGCUCCCACACACUAAUACACUAGUGCUCACAGCACAUUGUAUUAAGUUGGUUCACCGUUUAUAUCGCGAAGUGGACCCUCAACUCAACCCUCAACAUGUACCCCACAUGCUCAAGAAAUGUCCUGAUCCAAAGGCCGUGCAGUAUGUGAGAAACGACAGAGACACACCCAUGAAACGAGACAACAACUACUACAGGAACAUGAUUGGACAACAAGGGAUUGAUGUUGGUGGACCAACAAUUAGCUGUGCACAAAAGGACCAGGCCCUAUGUAUAGAAAACGGCAAAGAACCAAGACUACUUUUCAAAGAGCCAUCACUAUCUGGUACAAAGGGGCUGCUAAAACUGAUAAUAAUGCAAAGAGGUUCAGACGGAGAGGCAGAAGAGCUACAACUACAAGCAGCGGAACUUUUUCUUUUUUAAUGAUAGCGGUGUCCAAGUCAGCAAGCAACUGUUUCACUGGUACAUGCGUCAUAAUACCAUUACAGGUCCCGGAUAGCGCUAUCCACAAGGCUAAGCAAGUGAAAGGAAAUCACCUUUUUUAUUUUGCUUCUACAAAAUUCAAACCUCUCAUUCCUAUUUCCUCAAUCAUUAGAUUAUGCCCUUGAGUGCUAUUACAAGUACAUGACUUCAAUGUAGUAGAGGAGAAAGGGAAGUCGGAAUCAUCUGACGCCAUCAAGACUUAAUGCAGACAGUUAAGAAGCAAAGACCCUAUUAGAUAGGAUCGCUAGAUUAAAAGAAUGGAGAAAUGGUAUUGUAAGGGAACAAAGUAUGUCUCCCUUGAGCGAGUUCUUAGUUCAAGAGUAAUGGCAUACAAACAUAAAUUCAUAAGCUAGUUAUAGGUUGAAUUGCUCCUAAGACCAGAACACUACAUGCAUAUUCAGAAAGAUCACCAACCCAUCACUAUAAAUCUUGCACUGACGCAAAAGAUCUAACACAUGUAGUUUUACAAUAAUUAAGUUCUUCGACAGACAUACACUUUUCAUCCCCUUCACAUGUUCUUU